AUGUUCGUUCAUUUUGCUGCUCGGUUCGGCGCCCUUUCGGAUUUGAACAUAACAAACGAUUUAAAAACAGUAAAAAGGAAAUUAUCGUUUUCUGGUUGUCCCAAGAGAUUUAAAAACGCUUUAAAUGACACCGAAACGCAUCCACGUAAGUUUUAACCAAUAUUAUUUUAGUUUAUGGCCUUUGAAUAAAUUAAAUAUUUCGAUUUUAUCUUCAUUGUGUCCGUUCGUUUUGCUGUUCGGUCUGUGUGUAUUCGAAUGUGGCGUAACGAACAAUUUGAAAACAGAACAAAGAUCACCGUCAUUGAUUUCAACUCCCGGAAUAACGUUUAGAAAGAAGUCCGCUGCUAAAGAGCUACCAAGUAAGUUUAAAAUGUAUCUAUUUACUUGUCGUCCCGUAAACACGGUGUGGAUGUGAUGUAUGGGCUCAAUCCAACUAUAGCAUCAGAAUAUGGGGCGGGGAAAAAAAUUUAAAAUGUAAAUAUAACAUCAAAUAUUUUAUCUCCUAUCCCAUCAUGCAUAAUGAAUAUCAUAAUGAUUAUAAACUAACUAUAGCUGUAAACUUUAUUGUGACAAAUAUACUAUUUUUAUUAAUACCCGGCUUUACUUAUGGGUAGUAAUUUUGUAACUUGAAUUUUUAAUAUUAUUUAAAAUAUUUUGCUCGUGUGAGAGCGUAGCACGUUUAUUAAAUAAUGUUUGUAAAAAUAAUAAUUUAAACAUUUUAAAUAAUUCUGUAUUGCCAAUAGUAAUUAUAAUAUAAUCAAUAAUAAUAUAUUAUAUACAUUAUUGAAAUUUAUUGUACUUGAAAAACAUUUAAUAGUUUUCAUAUUUUUUCUGAUUAAUAUAAAUAACUGAGUGUGAUUUAAAAAUAGAAUUGUAUAGUAUAGUUUCUUAAUUAAUCUCAGAACAAAUUUCCGGAAUUCCGGGAAUUUUCGUUUUCUAUUCAAUACUAACCAGAUAAAAAUAUUUUAUGUGAUCCGUUAUAGAAUUUGAAGAAAUAAUAAAUGAACCGAUCACAAAUGAGUCUAGUUUGGAUGAGUCGGAGACAUCCACCUUAGAAAAUUCCCGAGCAACAUCCGAAAUUAUGAAAAUCUUGGUUGACGAAAAUUCAAUCUGGGCGUCACCAAGUGUAACCAAAAUAUCGAAUUCCAGAUUGAAAGCGGCCAUCGGUAAAUAAUUUAAUUUUCAGACUAAAAUUGUAUUAUUGAUUAAAAAAAAAAAAAAAAAAUGCAAGCAUACUACAAAUGGUAACAAAAUAAUGGUUGUUUAAGAUUGUACACUUAAUUUUAUAUUAAUGAUACAGAAGAUAUUUUAAGCUUAUUUCAAUAGGUGAGAUUUCGAAAUAAAAUAGAUAGCUUUACCAUAUUCGUCCUCCACCAUCGGUUUCAAAGAAAGUUAAUGUAAAUGUAAAAACAUAUUAAUAUAAUGUUCAGAAGUGUGCCUUAAUAACAUUCUCGUAAAAUGAUUAUACUAUUAGGUACAUUACUAAAGUACUAAGUUAUUAAUAUUAAAGAUUUGAAAAUUAUUUUGGUUACAAUUUUAUCAUAUAGAAUUAAAUAUAAUUUGGGUGGUAUGAUCAGGUGGGUUGUACCUAUGUAUAAAUUAUAAUUAUAGACAAAAUUGUCAAAAAUAUAUUGUUUAAGUUUUUACCUAAUAGUUAGGUUACCUUACAGUAUUAUUGAGUUGGUAAAAAUUAAUUUGAAAAAUUUUGCGGUAACCAAUUUUAAAUUAUAAUAAAUCCCGUUUAAUAGCACGCAAACACUUUGAAUAAUAAUUAUUAACUUAUUAUAGUACCAGCUAUUUUAUAUCAACUAAGUUAUUAUUGAUAAUUGUUAACCAUUAAAUUACAGAUAGCAUUUUAGUAAAGGAACCAAAUGUACCGGAACCGGAGGGAUCACAAGUUUAUUUUUACGGGUUUUCUCAACGAAUUGCGAGUACACGAAAACACAGUAUGCAAUCUAUUGUUAAAAAACCUGAAAGCAUUAAAGGUAAUUAAAAAACCAGAAAUUGUUCAGAUUUAGCUUAUUUAUACAUUUGGUCGGAAUCUAUUUUUAUAACAUUUUUACUGCACAUCAGUAGUAUUUACUACUGAGUAAAGCUGAGCGAGGGGUUAACAAGUACAUUUGAAUUCAACACAAGAACUUUUUUUGUAUAUUAAAUUGUUUUCCUUAAUAUUCAAUUUUUGAUGGAAUAAGGUAAUUAAUACCCCCCCCCCCUCUCUAAUAAAAAUUGUUCAAAUACUUCUGUGUAUCAUAUUUAAGGUUGCUAUCGAUAAAAGGAUAAAAGCCAAUACAAAUGAGUAGAAAGAUUAAGAUCAAGUUAAAAACGUGAGAGAGGAUUAUCAAGAUUAUUGAUAUAAUAUUAUAUUAAAGGAAAUCUAUUGAUUUUUUUAAUAUAUUUUUUAGUUAUUUUUGUGUUAGAUAGCGAUUAAACGUAUAAUUUGAAUAUGAUUAAUAUAAAUAAAUAUUUGUAGUUUGAAAAAUAUGCACUUUUUGAUUCUUAGAUUAAAUUGAUCUUAGAACAAGUUGCCAGAAUUUGGCGAAUUUAUGAUUGCUGAUUUAAUAUAUACAAAAUAAAAAUGUUUUAGAGUAUAAGAGGAAGGACAAUAAUAUAGAUGAUUCGGUUUACGAAGAUGUCGUAGAUGACCAAAACAAUAUAUUGUAG